AUGCCUAUCGAGCAAUCCAACACUUCCACCCCUCGGAAUGAUUCUAUUCCUAAGAUGGACACCGAAGUGGAACAAAUGAUCAUCGCAGCCACGGUGACUGGACCUAGCCGGUUCCGCUCAUUCGCCAUAAUGUCUGGGCUUUGUUCCGCAAUGUUCGUCUCAGCAUUGAAUCAAACCACCGUUGCCACAGCCAUCCCCUCGAUCUGCCGUGGACUGAAUUCCGCUUCUGGCUACGAAUGGAUCAGUGCUGCCUACUUGUUGUCAAACAGCAUAACUGGUCCUAUCUGGUCCAAGCUCUCAGAUAUUUGGGGACGAAAAGCCAUCUUACUUACUGCUGUUACCUUGUAUUUUGUGUUUUCUAUCAUUUGUGCGACAAGUCAGAGCAUGCAGAUGUUGAUCGUUGGUCGAGCACUUCAGGGCGUUGCUGGAGGUGGCCUAAUCCAAAUUGUUUAUGCUACAAUUUCAGACAUCUUCAGUAUGCGGAGCAGGACGUUUUAUCUUGGCAUGUUGCAAGUAGUUUGGGCGACAGCUGGUGGUAUUGGACCUAUUGCUGGUGGUACUCUUGCGCAGUAUGUUUCUUGGCGGUGGAUCUUCUGGAUCAAUCUUCCUAUCACGGGCGUUUCCUUUCUCAUUCUUCUGGUGUUUCUGGAUGUGCAUAAUCCAAAGACCAAGUUACUUCCAGGACUAAAAGCUGUGGACUGGUAUGGAUGUUUGUCGAUGCUGAGUUUCAUGGUCAUGCUAUCUCUCGGAUUGAAUUUUGGAGGAACGACAUUUUCUUGGAACUCUCCUGCAGUCAUUUGUCUUGUUGUUGCUGGUAUUGUUAUGUUUCCUCUCUUUCUGGUCUCUGAGAAGAAGGCUCCCCACCCGUUAGUUCCUCUUCGUGUGUUCCGGAUACCAUCGAAUAUCGCGGCUCUGCUAAUCGGGUUCAUGCAUGACUGGGCAGUCUUCUCAACAGAGUUCUACCUGCCUCUGUACUUUCAAUCCGUCAAGAAUGCCUCACCUAUGAAGUCUGGUAUCUUCCUCAUACCUAUCACAUUUACCCAAGCUCUCGUCGGAAUCAUGACUGGUAUCAUCGUGUACAAAACAGGUCGUUACGUUGAUGUCCUCCGAGUAGGUGUAACCCUCCUCGCAAUCGGCAACGGUCUCUAUAUCAACCUCGAUGCCACAUCUCCGCUUGGAAAAAUCCUCACAUUUGAAGUCAUAGCAGCAAUUGGGGCUGGCUUGUUAUUCCAGCCGCCUCUCAUAUCUCUCCAAGCUCACGUCCAUCCGAAAGAAACUGCAGCUGCGACAGCUACAUUAGGACUCGUUAGAAAUCUUGCAACCUCGUUAUCAAUUGUGGUUGGUGGCGUGGUUUUUUCAAAUCGAAUGAAUAAGCAAAGCCAUUCUUUGCUCGAAAGCGGAUUGUCUAAGAAUCUGACGGACAUUUUCUCGGGUUCCUCUGCUGCGGCGCAUGUUACGCUCGUGAGCACGAUCUCAGACGCGAAGCUGCAAUUUGCUGUCAAGAAUGCGUUUGCGGAAUCUUUGAGGGGUGUGUGGAUCGGUCUCAUUCGAUCUUCAAAGCCUUAUUACCAAGUUAGAAAUGGUCCUCAGCUUUAUGGCUGCUGUCGACAGGCGGGACAGUACCUCGAACCGGAGCGACUAACGAUAUUUGGUUAG